GUCGGGGCGUACGCAACGAGCACAGGUCUUGCAUGAGCCUUCAUAAAACUUGGCACAUUUGGCUCCACCGAUCGCAGAAAGCUCUUCAUCACUUCAGUGAGCGCGGCAAGAUCGCCCGGACGAGCGGGAAAUUCAAAUUUUCUGUGCGGCCAUUGAGAGCAUAGCAGACAUUCGAUGAAGUAUUAAAGUUCCGCGAUACGGAAGAGGUCACCUACUUGAAUCAAACAUUUAUGACGAAAUCGACAAUAAAUCGUAGUGCGAACUAUCAAAAUCAUACUGUAAUGGUGAUCGCGCGAUAUCGAUCGUAUUCAUCCGAGACGAUUCACAUCCAGCCAGCGCUAUCGAGCACCGUGACGCCGUAAACAAUUCAUUCGACGGUCGUUCAGAGUAAUGUGGUAGAAUAAUUUAGUUUGCUUGAAAAUAGCUGUUACCCUUGGCUGAUUCCCUCCACCCAAGUUGCCUGCUCGCAGCUGGGAAGCACCUCUAUUGGCACCGCUUCGCUACACAUAUUGGACCUAGAUUCGAUUCAACGAGGACAUUCAACUUGAACACGCAUCUUUCGAUCCACAAUCACAGAAAUUCAAUAACAAAUCCGUCCGUUUCGACUGUUCUAUUUUGGUUUUUGGGAUACACGAGAGCAGAAGACUAUCUCUAGCGGUUCUACGUCUGAAAUCAUUAAUGCAAUCAAAGAUACAGAUCGCGCAGCUUCAGAUUGGACAGACACCAGCCGGCACGCAGACAAGCAAAAUGCCGUUACAACACAAACAGCACAGACCCGUGAUUGACCUUUUGGUUGCCAUGAUUGCUGUUCCCGUACUUAUUAUUUGUGCAUUGCAACUGGAAAAAAACAUGCAGGAGAAAUGGGCAGAAAACGCGAAUACCCGGUGGAUGGUGUUCGGGUUAGGUGUUGGGAUGCUGCUGAUUAGCGUAAUCAUCUGCGGUUAUGUUACCCACAGAAUGGGCGUUUGCUUGUGGACGGGACCGUUGGAGGAUAAUUCACCAAUCCCUUUUCCACAUAUCAACUCGCAAAACGAUAUUCUUCGUAUUAUCGACAGCUUACCACCGAGUUACGAAAGCGCCACAAAAUCUGAUAUUCCACCCCCACCAUAUGACUGGGUUGUAGUUAAUAUCGACACGAAGGAGCGUCCCAAUCAGAAUGAUGUCGUCCUGCAUAUCUAAGUCAGCUCAGACAUUCAGGCUUAUGAAUUCUGAUCUAAUCCCCAUAGUUGGAGAAACUGUACUUUUCGCUGAUUUAAUUCAACGUGGAUAAUAUGUGAUAGGAGCGAAUGUAGUUGUGAAUGUGCAGAUACUGCAGUGCUUUCCAUUGUAUGCGUGUGAAAGAUGUGAAAAAUGAUAUUGUUCCAUAAUCGAAUCUAGUCUAAAUCAUGCAAUUGAAUGCUAAAUGAAUAACAAUAAUAAUAAUGUUUUUAUUGAAUGAG